AUGUUAUCAUCAAAAUAUUUCCUGAAAAUUGCACUAUUGUGUUUGCUUUUCGACAAUCUAGCGAGUGCACAAGAUCCUCCUAAAGACCUUUACAAAGCAGAAUCUAUCUUAGAUGGUCAUAUAGACGUAAAUCUUUGUCAUUGGCUCUUAGAGUACCAUUUUACUUGGGCAUGUUUGUCAUAUCUUGCGGUAAAUCGCACCACAAUACCUGAUCCAGCUUGUAAAAGCUUUGCUGCUAUAUCAACGGCACUUACACUCUUUCAUAGGCUAACGGUCGCUAGCAUUUCUAUAAUUACUUAUCUCAGACAAAAAAUUUGUGAUACUGGUAUAUAUGAUUGGAAAAUAUUUUUACCAGUGAUUACCAUAUCAUCGAUAGUUUCAAUUAUUGCUUUGGAUUCUUACGGUCCUGUCACAUUUUGGUGUGCUGCAAAAACAGAUACAAUAAUCACUCCUAUUGCUUCAAUUUGUACAACUUUCAUUGUACUCUCCAUAUGCUUGUUCUGUUAUAUUCAAACUAUUCAAGCCAUACGUUCUAUUAAAAAACAACACUUAGCAAUUAUAAAGAGAAGUGUAGGUAAUAAACCUGAUAAUUCAACAUCUGUCAUAAGUGAGGUUGAAAUGAAAGUCUCUAUAAAGGUUUCGGGGUAUAUACUUGUAUUUAUAUUACAAUGGAUUCCCAGCGUGCCAUAUGAUAUAUAUUCAUUCCUUGGACGUACCCACCCUUGGGUCUAUUGCAUGGUUAUUGUGUCAGUUUGUAUGGGAAGCGUUGGAAAUGCAAUAUUUUAUGUAAUAAAUGAAGGUUGGAAUCGCUAUGGAAGUAGUAAUUUUUCAUCCUCAGAUCAAGCCACACUUGAGAAUGCGAAUAGUUCAAAAGAUGGUAGCGAUGGCCCUCUUACGAUCACAUGUUCGAUCGACUAUCGGUUAAUCGAACGAAAGUAUGAGGUAAUGCGAGUAAUGAGUUAUGAGGUUAUUGAUUGUAGUAUAAUUAAUAGGAUAGUCUAUUAG